CAUGCAUAAAACGUGAGCUUUUGCUCUGACUCGAUUUUUUGAGUAAAAGGUGCUUGUCGUAUGCAUAAUAAAAUUUGUUGUAUUUGCUUUUACUCACUACUCAGGUUUGAUCUCGUCAUGCUCAGUUCGAACUAUGUUCGAACUAAGUUCGAUGAGCUUGUGCUCACUUUCAUAUGCAUAAAAACAAGCUUUUGCUCUUUUUUGUGAGCUCUUGCUCAAAUUUUGUUGAGGCUGCCUAUAGUUGACUCGCGUACACUAAAAAGGAAUCAUGGCUGAAUAUUUUGUGCCACAAAGAAAUCCAAAAGUUUAUCAACAGCGUAAAACAAGUUUAGCAAGUGAGGAUAAAAAAUUAUACAGGUUUGAUGAUAGUAGCAUCUGCUGGUUGGCUAAUUAUUUGUUUGAGGAGUCAGAAGAAACACGUGGUGGUGCCCUCAGCAACAUUGAUAAAAUUCGACUAUAUUUAAGAUUUUGUGCAGAUCCUGGAUUCCAAAAUGGUAUAGCCACAGAUAUUGGUGUCCAUCAAUCAACUGUGUCGCGAAUUAUUGCGGAAGUUGCGAAACUUAUAUCUUCUAAAGCAAGCGAGUGGAUAAAAUUCCCGAAAGAUGGAGAUGCAAUAAAAGAUGCUCAAAGGAAAUGGCAAGCAAAUUAUUUCUUUCCAUUUGCAAUUGGAGCGAUUGAUUGCACUCACAUAAAAAUAAAAAAACCCAAAAAUCAAAGCGACGAAUAUAUUUGCAGAAAAGGCUUCCACUCUAUAAAUGUGCAGGCCACUUGCGAUGCAAAAGAACUAUUUACUAGCGUUGACAUAUCCUGGCCUGGAUCAGUUCACGAUUCACGCAUCCUACGAAACAGCGAGGUAUGUAGGAUAAUGCAAAGUGUAACAAACGAUGCAUUACUUCUCGGGGAUGAGGGCUAUGGGAUAUGUCCAUGGCUAAUGACACCAUUCCGGAACCCAACAACUGAAUUAGAAAAAAAAUUCAACAAAGUGUUUACAAAGGAACGUGUCAUUAUAGAGCGGUGUUUUGGGCAAUUGAAGCAAAGAUUUUCGAUACUUCAAUAUAAAAUUCGUGUAUCGACAGAGCUGGCGCCUCACGUAAUAGCUAGUUGUUUCAUUUUACAUAACAUAGCUAAAUUUUUAAAAGACGAUUACAUUCCAAUCAACGACGAUUACAACAAUAAUGAUGUAUGGCAAUUAGGAAAUUAUAUCGAACAACAAACGACAAGACUUUCAGAAGCUGGAAAAAACAAAAGGCGGAUGAUCGCAAAUUUAUUAUCAAAUUAAAAUAAACGAAUAUUUUUAUUUUUUUUUUUGUUUAUAAAAACAAUUAACAUUAAUAAAAUCCACUUUUUUAUACAAAAACAAAAUAAAUGUAAUUCACUAUUUAACGAAUAAAAAUAAUAAUAAAAUAUGUACAUAUGUACAAAAAUAUAAUAUUAAUUAAUUAUAUAUUAGUAAUUGUAAUCAUUCAUGGAACUCCAACCCUCUUUCCACAAGUUUUUCUUGCAAAAUCUGUAAUUUUGCGGAAAGAACUUUGUUUUGCUUUAACAAAACAAGCCUCUGCAGCUUUUGAAAAUUUAACUCCCUUGUCUCAUCAGUCUCAUAACGACUCAAAAUUGCUGUUGACUUUUUGUAAACCUUCAAAAAUAAACAACAUAUAGCAAAAUGUAAAAUAAAAUAAAAAAAUUUACAGUUUGAUCGUCGCUAUCAGUGCA